UAGAAAACCUUCGACUACAAUUGGCACAAACACGCAAGCGGUCAAUGGAGCAAGGACAAGGACAAAGACAGGGGCAAGUGCAAGGACAAGGUCAAGGACGUCUUGCAAUUGGUAAGGGGAAAGGAACACAGGGACAACAGCAAGGACUGCUCACUCUAGGAGUGCUCCUCCUGUUGCUUGUCCCCGCUCAGACCAAAGGAUACAGCCAGCAGGAGCUGCUCACCUGGCUGCAACGCAGUAACUUUGGCUAUCAGGUGCUUCAGCAGGCGCACAACGAGACCGUGCUGUCACCCUCCAUCGAUAAGAGCGAUGUCCUGUGUGUGGCCCAAGUACGGUUGCUGCUCCAGGCUGCCGAAACGAAAUCGCUGCCUGCCCUGAAACUGCUCGAUGCGUGGGGAAAGUUCCCGCACGGUCUGCUCUAUGGCCACUUCAGCGACAUGGGCAACUACGAUGCCUGCUUAAAGCUGCCGGAACAGAUGCAACAAAGAUCGAUCACUCAGAGUAAAUACUGCCUGGCGCACAUUCAAUUCGAGAGUCUGCUGCCUCAGGCCAUGGAAACGUUGAGCGUUCAGAUUGGCACCUGCAUUCCGGCCACUUGCCGAGCAACGCUCCUGAAUCGCUGGCUGGGCGAAUACCUCAAGGAACUGUUCGAGGACGCAGAGGCGAUGCCACAGACUGCGAUGGUGGUGGAGGAGAAUUGCAGCCUGGAACAGAGCGAACCUCUCACUGGACUCGACUGGUUUGCCAUUGCGUUGCUUGUGAUCAUCGUCCUGGUCGUGCUGCUGGGGACAAUGUGUGACUACACUCAAGCUCUCAAUAAUAAGCUGCUAUUAGCUUUCUCGCUGCGCCAGAACUUGCGAUCCCUGAUGCAGACAACGUCCAGGGCAGCUGGAUCCCAUGUGAUUCCCUGCCUGCAUGGCAUACGCUGUCUGACCAUCAUCUGGAUCAUCUACGGCCACGACAACAUGUUCAUGCUGCUCUCACCAAAUGUGAACAACUAUGAGGUUGUUGCCUGGGCACAAACCCCAUAUUCGAUGAUUCUGCAGAGCGGAACAACGUCUGUGGAUACCUUCUUCCUGCUGAGCGGCACGCUACUUGUGAUGGCCACACUCCGUGAGCUAGAGCGUCAAUCGGGCAAGCUGAACAUCCCGUUGAUGUAUCUGCAUCGCAUUGUGCGUCUUACCCCAGUUCUCGCUGUCGCUGUGCUGUUCUUUAUGACGCUUUUUCCUCGGCUGGACAACGGUCCGCUCUGGCAGCAAUUCACCAGCUCCAGCCAACUCUGCAGUGACACCUGGUGGGCUACCAUUCUCUACGUGCAGAACUAUGCAGCCGCUGGUCGCAUGUGCUUGGGUCACUCCUGGUACCUCGCAGUAGACAUGCAGUUGUUCCUGCUCUCCCCAUUGCUCCUUUGGCCACUUUGGCGCUGGCGCCGACGUGCUGCGGGAAGCAUCCUGUUGCUUAUUGUCCUGCUCUUUGCCUGUGUCUUCUGCAUUGUAAUGUUCAAUGACCUGAAGGUGUUUAACCGCAACGGCAACCUGGGUGAAGACUCUCCACAGAUGCGGAUGAUCUACUACACGACGCACGCUCGUGCUACGCCCUGGCUGAUUGGUCUACUCUUCGGUUACUUUCUGCACAACGAGAAGGGCAGACGUCGUCAACUGCCCUGGUGGCUGGUGCUGCUUCUCUGGCUUGUCUCUAUCACCCUCAUGUGUCUCGUCAUCUGGAUUGUCUAUCCGUUCACGCAACCAAAUGCGGAGGCAAUUACGCCCCUCGCUGGCGCCUUUUACAUCUGCUGCAGUCGCAUUGUGUGGUCCGUGGGUCUGUGCUGGCUUAUCUGGGCGUGCCACAGCGGACUGGGAGGUGUGAUCAAUACGCUGCUCAGCUGGUCCUUCUGGCAGCCCAUCUCGAAGCUCUCUUAUUGCCUCUACAUUUGGCAUCUGCUCAUCGAGACAAUUAACACAGCUCGCAUACGCACAAGUCAACACUUUUCCAACUACGAUGCGAUCCUACGCUUCUGGUCGGACUUUGGAAUCACCAUUCUAGUGGCGAUGUUUAUGUUUCUUUUUGUGGAAACACCUUUUGUGCGACUGGAAAUGCAGUUGCUAUCAUCGCUACGUGAACGCCAAAAGUCAACUGCAGCGCCUCAGGCGCCAAAUGCAGCCACGUCCACAGUUAAUCUGAGUGUGAUUACAGCGCCAUCUAGCGUCUCGCAGCAAAACCUAGUCGAAGCCUAAGUGCCUCUCAUCCAAACGAAGCCAAUGACAGCAGCUGGAGCAUCGAUGAGCUGGAACUCAUCACAAGAUAUUCACAUAGUAUUCACAUUGUCAUAGGCAAUAAACCUAAGU